AUGGAAGUCGACUCGCCAACUAUACCACAAUCGGUCAUUGACGAUGAUCAGCACACCAUGUAUUAUUAUCAAGCACUCCCUUAUGCACACCUCCUUGACCUUGAAGCAAAAGAAUGGCUCGACGACAUUGUCACCAACUUGAUCGCUUGCAUCAAAGCCCGGGAUUUCAGCCGUGGCGUUGCAUUUUGGACGAAGCACUUAUCUCUAUACCGAGAACUUAAGCAUGAUAUUCCACGCGAAGCUCGAGCAACACUUGCAAAGUUACUGUAUACCGUUGUCACCAUCCCAGGAAUGGAUAUCACCAUUGUAGAAUCAUGCGCAAACAUGUGUGUCCGUUUGAUAAGGAAAGCGCACCGUCUUGGACCAGAAGAUUUGACAUUGCCUUGGAAACCACUCUAUGAAGCAAUCGAUCGAUUCAUCUUUGGCGAAUUCGAAGCUCGUAUUUAUCAUUCAGAAAAACACAUCAAUGCCGUUGUCCGCUUAGCCGAUUAUGCACAACGCUUCUUCCCGCCAUCAGCUACAAAGGAGGUUUUGGAUACGUUUUUACCAAUGUUCUCAGUGGAUUCAAUGAAGGAUGUUGCAAAGACUCAAGGAUACCUGGUUCUCUUUCUACCUCCCACCAUCCCAAGACAUUCCAUCACAAAUGAGAGAUUGCCUGGUGGUGACAAUGCCAUCCAUCCCAAAGAAUACCUGCCAACGCUCUUCUCCAUGUGGUCUAUCAUUACAGCAUCUUCAACAUACGACAGCCAAUUCAUCACACAACUUGCCAACAUUGCCGAAGCCAACAUUGAUGAUCCAUCGAUCGACAACACAGGUCUUUUUACACGGGAGCAAAUCAAAGCAGUGUUUACAGUCGGCUUGCAAAUGAUGAGCAUCCCUGUUGGCAGCAAAGAUGGUAGCGGCAUAGGCGGUGGAAGAAGAAGUGGAUCAACCGGAUAUGGAAGCAAUGGUAGAAAGAAUGAUAUCAAAGCUGGUGAUGCAUUAUUGUUACGAGGGAAAUUGGAGCGUUAUCGAUCGCUUGCCAAGUUUAUUGUCUAUUCUAUCAUUCCCGAGAAUGAGGAUGGUGCAAGUUAUGCCCUGACACUUCUUGAAGAGCUCGUGCAAGCAACAGAGUUAUACUAUCACCCGUCAAAUUAUGGAACAUGGUCGUUUUACCUCACAUUAUUCAUGCAUCAUGUGGCUGAGAUGUUUCUGAAACGUUGGCAAGAAGAGGAGGAUCCUUCAUGCAAUACACCUUCCACAAGACGAUUGACACCUGCACUGCGAAAGCGCUUUGUUUUGAUCAUCCGACCGCUUACCUAUCUCAGUAUCUUUGGCAAGGAUUCAUUUAUUGUACGCACAACACAAAAGACGCUCAAGUUUUUAUGCUGGCUGGAACCAAACUUGAUCUUUCCUGGUUUAUUGGAACGUAUUUAUCCCUCGUUGGAAACAUUGACCGAGACGCAUCGCACAACGAGUGCUUUGGGUUUCCUAGCUGACACUGCUAUGCCCCUUAUGGCACGCGACCACUAUGCUGCUGGAGGAAAACAUCUUUUACCAUUACUCGACCUUGCGACCCCUGGUAUCGACAUGAAUGAUCCUAUCAAAUCAGUCAUCACCAUGCUGUUCAUCAAUGCUGUGGUUGCCCUGGUCCCUGUCACCGAUCUCACUACGGGUGCUUCUGGUUACGACAAUGGAUAUGGCGGAGGAGUGGGUUACGAAGGCAUGGAUAUCGAUCCUUCAGAUCAUGAAGCACAGCUACCACGUGAAGAAGAGGAUCGACUCUGCAAGACGUCUACAGGCGUAUUUGAGGAUUGGAUGGCUAAAUUCUUACGGCGUGUCUUUGCAAUGCUUGAAAACUUGCCCCAGCAGAAUCGAACAAAGAAUGAUGGAGCCUAUGAAACCGGAUUGACGACGAUGGUCAUGCACACCUGCGAUACCUUAUUCGGCCAAUUGUCGGAUGACAUGUAUAAUCUCGCAUUACGAAUGGUGGUUGAUUUCGUUGGUGGUCAAGUGCUGUCAAAUGCAAUUCAUGCAGGUGGCCUUUUGUGUACCGCCGUUGCCAGUGCAAACCCUGCCAAGGCUGCCAAACAACUGAUCCCGCUUUGUAUCGGCAACAUUAUGUCUGAACUCGAACAUGGUGCAGCUUCCACAGUAGUCAACUCUGCUACCUCAACGCCUAUUCAAUCCGAUUCAACGUUGCAUUGGUACCAAGGCAUCCUCUUUUCCACCGUUGCUGCCAUGGGUAGUGAGCUUCUCAAUUACAAGUCUGAUAUCAUCAAUGUAUUGAAGGAGAUGAAUGAAAAGUGCAAGAGCCGCACUGGUUUUACAUGGUCUGGAAAAUUGCUUCGUGCAUCACUCAAAACGCUACUCGCCAUCUAUCCACGUGAUUUUCGCAGCUUGACGCCCAACGAGUGGAAUAACAAAGAAUGCAUGGAAAACUCGCACUUGUUGUGGGGCAAGCCUGGUGAUCCAAAGGACCUGCAAAUCGAUUGGCACGUACCGACCAAGGAAGAGAUUGAUUUUGGCAUGGAGCUUCUAGAGACAUUUGUUGUGCCAUCAAUGAGUCAAGUACGGGAGUUGAUCACGAAUUAUGGAUCAUCAGAAUCAUCCAUGGCAACGCAUGAAUGGACCAAUCUAUUUUGUCGACAUUUAUCUUUGAUCCGAAAUGGUCUCAUGGGCAGCACCUGCUUGAUCCCUUGCAAUGGAUUUGAGCCUGAGAAUGAUCAAGAACGCUUGAUGGAUAGCAGCGACAGUGACAUCAUUUACAACCUUGAACAUCCACCAAAGUUCAGUGCUGAUUAUCCCCUGAAUGAUCCACAAGACCCAACAUAUCAACGCGCCAAACAGCUGCGGAAGGAUAUCAUUCAGCUCACACACGAGGCGAUCCAAUUCUUUCAAACAAAGCGAGAAGAUGAUUUGGAGAGCUUGAAGGUCAUUAUCAAGAUUUCAAGGACGUUGGUUGAUGAUCAGGGUAUUGACAAGAAGAGCAUGGAUGGACACUCGGCGAGAUACACUAUGGCACAUACAAUGUACAAGACACCUUUAAGUCACAAGCAUUAUCCUCGUGGUAUACUAGUCCACAGAGCGUACCUCUUGCAUUUACGACGUCUUCGUACAAACGUCAAGAUGAAUACGCAUGCUUCAGUGUUGAGUUCAACGUUUUUACGUGAUCUUUUGGAGUUGUCUUUGAGUUCCUAUGCCGAAAUUCGAAAGUUGAGUCAAAGCACGUUGAAUGCUGCCUUGAGAAACUUUGGUGGAGCUCGUAAAGAAAUCGUGCCAUUGAUUGUGGAUGUCUUGCAGCCGAAAGAAAAAGUGGAUAAGGAUGCAUAUGCAAACAAGAUGAAAGGCGCUUUGUACCUCCUUCAACAAAAGAACAUUUUGAGUCCUUGUAUCCAUCGUUCAGACCUCACUCCCAAAUUUGUCCUGUCGAUCUGUAAGGCCCAACAUGAAGAUAAGCCUUCAAUCCAAGAACUGAUCCGCAAGCUAUUUAUCAGCUUUAUAUCAUCCUCUGCCAUUGCAGCUGUUCUUUCACGGAUAUUGGUGCCUGAAGAUGACGACAAGUACUUGGACGAGCUAGCCCAAUCCGUCAAGAUCAAUUCACUUGUGGACGCUUACAAAGCUAAGGUUGAAAGCACCCAGCACAAACGUCAAGAAUCAUACGAUGAUAUGAUCAGCUCGUUAUUGGAUCUCUUGGAAGACCCCAAGCUUCAUUGGCGAUUUUCGACUAUGGCAGCCAAUGUGAUUCAAGUAUUUACACGACCAGAGACAGCACCUACUGCCCGCAUGGCAACCUUUGCUAUCAAGAGCACGUUAUCUGAGCUUUCACCUAUGCGACGAAUUGGUGUAUCGGUUACAACACAGCUGCUGCAAUACAUUGAGGAUCGCACCCUUACACAAGGCAAUAAUGACAAGCUGAUAUCCAAAGACAUCAAUGACCCAUUGGAACGUGAGGUGCAUGUCUCUCAAGACCUUGCUCAAAAGUACCUUUCCAUCAUGACUCAAGAACUUACCGAGGAAAGCAUUGCUGAGUGUCCAUUGGUCGAUGAACCCUCUACCGGCUGGUAUGUGUGGCCUGAAAAGUUCAAAGGACGUACCCUACGACCUGCAACAUCAGAGGAUCGUGACAUUGACGAAGCCAGCAAAGGAGCUUAUGAUGAAUUUGAGAGAUCCUUCACGUCGACGUCAUUCUGGGAAUCACUUUCAAAGUACAUGUCACAAGAAUUAUCACAAGCAGAGGAAGAUUUAUUCAAUCGCGUCAACGUCAACCUCUAUGAGAACAUCUUUAUCAUCUAUGAAGACAAGCCCAUAUCAGCUAUGCAAGAACAACUCAAAAAGCUUUGUGAGUCCAUGGAGCAACGUAGCCAUCAACGUGCUGCUGCAGAGAUGAUUACAGGCUUGGUGCGUGGUACGGUGAAUUGGCCUCUCGUCAAGAUCCAAAAGUUAUGGGAAUGGCUUGCACCCUUGUUGCAAUCGACCUUUGCUGCUAUUACGCCCGAUUCACUCACCUACUGGGAAUCUUGUGUCAAGCAUUGCGCUGUCAAUUGGGAUCCACGUCGAUUGCAUUAUUUGAGACAAGUUGUAUUUGGAGCUACGUUUGAUCCCACUUCGGAUGCCGCAUUUGCCGAAGCAAGAAAGCUGUUGCUAGCACGUGCCAUGAUCAGUGAACUUGGAUGGCGUGGAAACCCCUUGGUGGAUGGAUUGUUGGAUACCUAUUUUGGUCACUUGGCACAUCCCUAUAAGCAAGUACGAGAAUGUCUUGGCAGCAACAUCAAUGAAAUCCUCCAAUUCCAUUGGGCACCUUCUAUGUUGAAUGUAAAGGAGGCGAUAGAAAGGAAUCAACAAGCUGGCAACGGUGGCGUUGGCAAUGUCCCAAUGACGCUUGACAACAGGACGCAGACUCUUUUGGAUACAGCAGUGGCACAAUUGGAUCAAUGGCAAGCUGAGGAUAUUGAAUCAUACAAGCGCGCAAGCAAAACAAUACUUUGUUGGUUGCAUGAUGCAUUGAGACAAUGGCGUGUUGAAUGCGUAUUACCCUAUGUUGUCUCCUUGUGGAAACGUAUCGUUGCUAUGCAAGAACUCCAUGACGACCCCGAUUUGCAAGCAAUGGCAUCCAGUGUCUUGAACGCACUUGUCCAAUUUGUGUAUCCACCUGCCAUGGUCGAGAAGCUCUUGGAUGAAUUUGUUACGGUGCUAACCCAAUCGGAAAGCUGGAGGAUUCGUACACGCACGUUGCCCAUGUUGCAAGUAUUUUUCUUUAGAAACUUGUUCAACAUGAGCAGUGAUCAAAUUGUACGUGUGAUGAGCGUCGUCGGUGGUUUGCUAUUGAACGCCCAAAUCGAGGUACGACAAAUGGCAUCUAUCACGUUGGGUGGUCUUGUGCGAUGUUCACAACGCGAUGCCAUUGAAAGUGUGCAAGCACAAUACUCUGCUCUUUUGCAAACCAAGGUUGCCAAGCGUCGACGUGAUCCUGAGACUGGCAAAUUGAUUGAGGUGCCUGGAUUUGAUGAAGCUGUAUUGAAGAAGCAUGCUGGUGUAUUGGGCUUAUCAUGCCUGGUGGGUGCAUUUCCAUACGAGGUGCCCAAAUGGAUGCCCAAUGUGUUGUGUCAGCUGGCAAGCUGCAUGUCCGAUCCUGCCGAGAUUCAGUCAACCGUCCGCAAGACCUUUUCUGAUUUCAGACGUACCCAUUCGGAUACUUGGCACGAGGACAUUACCAAAUUCACUGAAGACCAACUCUCGAUUCUCAAUGACAUGUUGAUAUCACCCUCUUACUAUGCUUAG